AGGAGUCCCACUGAAGAAAGGGCUCCCAUUCAAGAAAGUGCAGUUGGAUUAAUUGAUUCAAUGCAAGUAGUAAGUGAAGUAAUCCAACGGCCAAUUUCAGCAGAUACAGGAAAUGCUGUUAAUCAUGAAACUGAACUUUCCAAGAGAAAUAGAAGUCAUGGAAAGUCACCAGUUCAACGAUAUUCUGGUAUUAGUAUCAGUGAUCGGAAGAAGCAACUCAGUGGGAUGUCACCAAACAAAGAUUAUCAAGGUGUAGAACUACAUACCUAUGAAAUGAGAGUAUCGAAUCAGAGAACAAAAAAAUCCAACAUAAUAAGUGGGUUGACACCUGAAAUGACACUAGACAUGAUUGAGACAGCUGAUGGCAAUUUGGAUGAAAACAAACAGGUCACUUUUAAUCUAAAACAUGUUCAUCAAGAAGAGACCUUUUGUGCAGGUGACAGUGAAAACCAGGAGUCAUACCAGACAAUUGAUGACACAAACCCCAGAUAUAAGUCAGAUUGGAUGACAUUUUUUUAUAAGGUGCAACUACUUUUUAAACUUUUCCAUCCAAAUAUUGUCAAGAUAUGUCAGAUAUAUAUGGAUAGUAAAUCUCUUAAACUUUCUCCCUGCUAUUGUGGACUGAGUAUAUAUGAGAGAAUAUGUGUCAGAAAAGAAACAUUUGAAGACCAAUUCCUCAUAAAUCUUAUCAGAAAUUUAUUUUCUGUCUUAGAAUUUAUUCACCGCAAGGGAUUUAUACAUCGGAACAUCCAACCAAGAAAUAUUUGCCUGGAUGGCAAUGGGAAACUGUGUUUGGUUGGUUUUGAUUUCUGCACCAACUUACAGGAUUCCAACACCAACAAGCUGGAAAUAGAUUAUAGAUCAACUGACUGUUCUCCAGAAUAUUUUAGUCCCGAGCUGUGUCAACAGAUUGUCAAUGCCGAUGACAAAAAGUUUGGUUGUAAGCCCCGAUACAAAGAUGUACAAAUUACUAAUAAGUCUGAUACUUAUGCUGCUGGCCUGAUGAUAUGCCUGUUUUUAAAAAAAAAAAAACUUUUAGAACCUGAGUACUUAACUACAGAUGAAACUUAUGAUAGCAACAGACAAUUUAUUCAGGGGGUAAAGUAUAUCUUUCUGCCAAAUUUUACAAUUGAUUUGGUUUGUGAUUUGUAAUUUUGUGUGUGUGGGUGUGUGUGUGUGAGAGAGAGAGAGAGAGAGAGAGAGAGAGAGAGAGAGUUUAAUGACCACUCGACACAAACUAGGUCAUUUCCGGGACUAACAUAUGGUUGAUUUUAUUUCAAUCAUUCGCUUGCACGUACAGGUCUUUAGCAGUGGGAGGAAACCGGAAGACCUGUAGAAAACCCACGAGGUUGGACAGGCAACCCUACUCCUUGUCACGUACAACCAGGGAUUCGAACCCACGCCAGUUGACGGCGCUAACCAUUCGGCCAUCCAACCCCCCAUGUAAUUUUGUACAAUACAUAUGAUCAGUUAAAUAUGAAUAAAUCAUCAUUGACUAAACCUGAUAGAACACAGAAUGAAAUGAAAGGAAAUAAAAUGAAAUAGGGUUUAACGUCCUACUGUUCUGCUCCUAUACUGGGCUAAUGCAGUGUGCUAUGGGGGAAAUGUUGCCUGGGCAACGGCACUAUGGCCUACUCUUAUAUCGAAUUCAACUGCGCGUGAACAUUUAAUUCUGUACUGACCCCAUCCUCGGUAUCCCCAAACCAUGUGUGAAUAAUAACUUCUGUACUGACCCAUCCUCGGUAUCCCCAAACCAUGUGUGAAUAAUAACUUCUGUAGAAAUGAAAUGACUCGGCUAAUGAAGACGGGCAUACGCCAUACAGUGUGCUAUGAGGGAAAUUUUGUCCAGACAGCACCACUACGGCCUACUCUUAUAUCGAAUUCCAAUUGCCAACUAAUCGUUUACGUGCACGCCAAUGUAUACACUGGACCUCAGUUUUCCGUCCCAUCCGAACGACUAGACAGCUGUCCUUGUCUGACCUUCUGGCCUUCCGUCCUGCACCAGUGACAAGGGGGGUAACCAUGUCGGAAAAUCCUGAUGAACUUUCUCGGCUAAUGCAGGGAUCGAACUCGCGAUCUCCAGGCUAGCGAGCCAGCGUCCCAGCCACCGUGGCUGCGAGAACACAGAAUGUACAGUGUGAUAAACAAUCAUUAAAAACAUGUUUUUUCUUAUGUGAAAAAUUACCAAUAAAGUGUGACCUAAGUAUGCAUAGGUCAAAACCCAAGAGAUCGUAUGAUACAAAAAAAAUACAUGCUAUUUUACAGAUAGCUAAGGAUCCAGGGUUCAUGAAAAAAUGCAGACCCGAUGACAUGCCACAGGAUUGGAAAAAAGUUGUAGAUAAGUGUCUUGAAGGAGAUGCAUCAGAAAGAUGCGAUGUUUCAGAUGUAAUUGUACUCUUACGUGAAAUGGAGAAAAUUAGAGCAAUGGGCAACAAACCUGUAGCAAUAGAAGGCACUCAGCCAGACCACAACCUUCAAAAUCUGAGUAACACUAGACAGAUUACUGACCAUUCCAAACAACAAUUGAACCCUCAAGAUGGAGCAGAACAUUUUACAGUUGACCAACAAACUGUACCGAGUAGUAUCGCUCAAACAAGCCACCAGAUUAUUUGCAAGGGAUUAAAUGACAAAAUAAAGAAUCAAAGAGCUGAUGCUAGAAUUCCUGCUGAAUCUCUUCAUGGAGAAAUGACCAAUCACACUUUGGACAGGCCACCACCAGAAUCUAAUAACAUUCCACAAGCAACUGAUAAUGUUGCUGGAAGUGGACUAGAACCAGUAUAUGGUUCCGAUGAUGACAUUCGAAUAAGUUUAAUUCCAACUACAAUCUAUGACGAUGAUUAGGUAACCGAUAUUUGUUUAAUGUCCUUUUUUAGAUUAGAACACAACGACACUCCCUGACGUUGCUAUAUUUUCUAUACAAUAAGAAUCAUUGAUUGUAAAGUCUCACACUCUUUAGAUAACUUUUAGAUUUACUUAGAAAAUAGAAAUAGACACCCAGUACAUAUUCUUGUGACUGAUAAAAAUGGUUUUUAUAUAUUAGACAAGGAGCACAGGGGGUUCAACCUCGCUGAAAAGUGUACUAGAUUUCACCUAUAUGGUAUGAAUGCAAGUAUAUCUGGUAUCAUCAGAAUGUAAGUCUGCCAGGUUUCUGAUGGUGGGUGUAGCUGUGAGGGUUGUGAUUCUGGGCGUGAAUUCUUGGGCUAGAUUAGCUCAAAUCUGUACCACCUAAAACAGCUUUGGAGUUGUUCAGUACCACCAUAGGAAUCAUGAAUGACUACUGCCAGACACUUUGUUCGGUGGGUUACCCUUAAAUGAUGCGCCCAAAAUGCCACGACCCCCCAACUAGGCUAGAUUAGUGGGUACUGUUCCCGUGUUCCAAAAAAUUAAAUGUUUUGCCAGGAUGCAUAGAAUACUAAUACCUAGCACAUAUGGAAGAGGUGAUAAACUGCGGAUGCAAGAAAUUGAUUUUUGGGCAAAAAAAAAAUGUUCCUGUAACCAGAGUAUAUCACAUCUUUCACACGUGCUACGUAUUAGUUUUUAAUUUUUUGUACCAAGAGAACAGUGCCUGCUAAUCUAGCCUAGAUGUGGUCUGGAAAUACAAUAACUCUUGCCAGGGAUACUCCACCACUACAAAUGUCUGGCAAUUACAUAGCUCUGUCAGGGGUACCCCACCACUAGAAAUGUAUGUCAGAGUGUUUUUGUAAUACUUGAAGAUGUAAGGUCAUAUGGUACACUUUUGAGCUAAUCUAGCCCAAGAAUUCACGCCCAGAAUCACAACCCUCACAGCCACACUCACCGUCAGAAACCUAGCAGACUUACAUUCUGGUGAUACCAGAUAUACAUGGAUUCAUACCAUAUAUGACAAAAUUGGUACACUUUUCAGCUAGGUUGACCCCUGGGCUCCUGCUCUAUAUACCUGUAUCUAAAGACAGUUGAAAGCCUAGAUAUACAUACUCCUUUAUUGAAAUAUAGAUUUAAACUUCUGAUAAAAAUAUAUUUGUUGUUAAACCAUUAUAUCUUACAAACUAUGAAUAGAAAGUCAUAUUCAGAUUAAAAUUUAACAAUCCUUUCACUUAGAGUGUAUAGUAGUCCUUACUUAUACGCUAUACCGAAUAUAAUAUAGUUUAUGUGCUAACAGACAACCGGGUUGAAAAUUAAUAGUAUCUUUCUUAUUUUAUUCAUGGCGAGCCCUCUAAUCUAUUUUAUUCAUCGUGAGCCAACAAAUCACUUGCUUAUUUUAUUGUGAGCCGACUAAUCACUUGCUUAUUUUUUUGUGAGCUUUCAGUUUGUAAGUCAAAUGUAGCUUUAUCAAAUAUAUUAAGCAUCAAAUGAGCGAUUUAAUGAAAUAAAUGCAAAAUGUGGAAAAAUUGUUACAUUAUCAAAUUUUUAGAUGCAAAAAUUGUUAUAUUAUCAAAUUUUUAGAUGCAAAAAUUGUUAUAUUAUCAAAUUUUUAGAUGCAAAAAUUGUUAUAUUAUCAAAUUUUUAGAUGCAAAAUUUGUUAUAUAUCAAAAAUUGUUAUAUUAUCAAAUUUUUAGACGCAAAUAUUGUUAUAUUAUCAAAGUUUUAGAUCAAACAUGUAUGUAUAUUUUAAAUAUUUAAUAGUUUCUCUGAUUGGUCAAGAGCAGGUUCUCUUCAUUUUCGUUCUGGCUUGCAGAGGUCAGGUGAAACCCUGGAGCUAAAACCUGGAUUGUAUGCAUCAUAGCACUGAGAAAUAAACUCUUUAUUCAAAUUAAGUAGAGCACUACCGUUAAUUUAGAAUUUCAGAAGAAUUCAUUUCAAUUUCACUCUUUGAAUGGAAGCCCUCCUGAUAUGGAUGCCGAAGGUUGUCACUCUGCAUUGUCUCCCCUACCCUCUGCGUGCCAGUGAAAUUUCGUUUUGGAAGAGUACUUUGUUUCUGACAUGAAGAACUGUCAUUUGUUGAAAACAAAAUAAUUAUUUAAAAUCUUAUAAAUUAAACCUAGAAAGAUAUUUAUAUUGUAAAGAUUAAAUUAGAUCAAAACCUUCAUUUCUGACCCCAGCCAAUUAAGUGUGGGAUUUUCUCUUUUUGAUUUUUAAAAGGUUUUUUCUAGUAAAUAUAUAUAUAUUUAAAAGUUUCUAAAUUCUCCUAAAGUGAACCGGUGAUUGAAAUGAACAUUAUUUUGAUUAUACAAUUACCCCUUUGAUUAGGGCAUACUGGAGUUACGUCCCCUUAUUGAAGUCGCACUAUUAUUUAAAUAAGCGACGUUAUUGUCUUUUGUACAUAGCCCUGAAGAUGCUGUAAGGCCGAAAGAUCUUGACAAAUAUGUAAAUCUAAUUAAAAUACAGAUUUUUCCAUCCAAAACUUAGUAUUUUUGGUAUAUAUAUAUAUAUAUAUACAGUAUACAAAGAGAAGCUUAUCACCCCCAAAACUUAUAGCACCAAAUUAUGUUUUUGUCCCAAUUGGAGUAAUGGGUGAUCAACAGAUUGAGCACUUAUAUAAAGUUUAAUUAGAUUUAUAUAUUUAUUAUAAAAAGAAUAAAAUUAAAAACAAGAAGAAAUAUUUCUACACUAUAUAUUUGUUUAGAUUUCUCAAUUUUAAAUCUCUCAAUUUCAUAUCUCUCAACUUUCGUCUUCCAUAUCUCUCAAUUUUAGAAUUCUUUAUUUUAGAUUUCUCAAUUUUAGAUUUCUUUAUUUUAGAUUUUUUAAAAUUUAAUUCUUCAUAAUUGUAAAUAUUCAUAUUUGAUAAUUCAAAUAUGUGAUAUACAUUAAAACUAUUUAUUAUCUUUAUACGAGAGGAAUUUUCAAUCCUUGCAAACACAAUUUUGUGUACUUAAGUUAGAAUACGCUAUAUGUGACCCACACUGGCAAAUUGAGUAUUUAUUUAUAGACACAUUAUUGUGAAAAUCUCAAUUUCGAUCAACAUUGAUUUGUCUGUAGCUCAUUAUAAGACUUUGCACAUUCCGACUCAUUUUGUCGGCACAGGUCACAUAUGGUACCGGUAAUUACGUAAUUUGUACUCUAUCUGUUACUUAAGUUUAAAUAUCCAAAACCUGAAAGAAACAAUACAGCAGAAGCCUCAUACAAGUCAGUCUGCCACUCAGCCAGACCACAACCUUCAAAAUCUGAGUAACACUAGACAGAUUACUGACCAUUCCAAACAACAAUUGAACCCUCAAGAUGGAGCAGAACAUUUUACAGUUGACCAACAAACUGUACCGAGUAGUAUCGCUAAAACAAGCCACCAGAUUAUUUGCAAGAGAUUAAAUGACAAAAUAAAGAAUCAAAGAGCUGAUGCUGGAAUCCAAAUACUUACAAGUGCCUCUGUGAGAAUUCCUGCUGAAUCUCUUCAUGGAGAAAUUACCAAUCACACUUUGGACAGGCCACCACCAGAAUCUAAUAACAUUCCACAAGCAACUGAAGAUGUUGCUGGAAGUGGACUAGAACCAGUAUAUGGUUCCGAUGAUGACAUUCGAAUAAGUUUAAUUCCAACUACAAUCUAUGACGAUGAUUAGGUAACCGAUAUUUGUUUAAUGUCCUUUUUUAGAUUAGAACACAACGACACUCCCUGACGUUGCUAUAUUUUCUAUACAAUAAGAAUCAUUGAUUGUAAAGUCUCACACUCUUUAGAUAACUUUUAGAUUUACUUAGAAAAUAGAAAUGGACACCCAGUACAUAUUCUUGUGACUGAUAAAAAUGGUUUUUAUAUAUUAGACAAGGAGCACAGGGGGUUCAACCUCGCUGAAAAGUGUACCAGAUUUCACCUAUAUGGUAUGAAUGCAAGUAUAUCUGGUACACUUUUGAGCUAAUCUAGCCCAAGAAUUCACGCCCAGAAUCACAACCCUCACAGCCACACUCACCGUCAAAAACCUAGCAGACUUACAUUCUGGUGAUACCAGAUAUACAUGGAUUCAUACCAUAUAUGACAAAAUUGGUACACUUUUCAGCUAGGUUGACCCCUGGGCUCCUGCUCUAUAUACCUAUAUCUAAAGACAGUUGAAAGCCUAGAUAUACAUACUCCUUUAUUGAAAUAUAGAUUUAAACUUCUGAUAAAAAUAUAUUUGUUGUUAAACCAUUAUAUCUUACAAACUAUGAAUAGAAAGUCAUAUUCAGAUUAAAAUUUAACAAUCCUUUCACUUAGAGUGUAUAGUAGUCCUUACUUAUACGCUAUACCGAAUAUAAUAUAGUUUAUGUGCUAACAGACAACCGGGUUGAAAAUUAAUAGUAUCUUUCUUAUUUUAUUCAUGGCGAGCCCACUAAUCUAUUUUAUUCAUCGUGAGCCAACAAAUCACUUGCUUAUUUUAUUGUGAGCCGACUAAUCACUUGCUUAUUUUUUUGUGAGCUUUCAGUUUGUAAGUCAAAUGUAGCUUUAUCAAAUAUAUUAAGCAUCAAAUGAGCGAUUUAAUGAAAUAAAUGCAAAAUGUGGAAACAUUGUUACAUUAUCAAAUUUUUAGAUGCAAAAAUUGUUAUAUUAUCAAAUUUUUAGAUGCAAAUUAUCAAAUUUUUAGAUGCAAAAAUUGUUAUAUUAUCAAAUUUUUAGACGCAAAAAUUGUUAUAUUAUCAAAUUUUUAGAUCAAAUAAUGUUAUAUUAUCAAAUUUUUAGAUCAAAUAUUGUUAUAUUAUCAAAUUUCUAGAUGCAAAAAUUGUUAUAUUAUCAAAUUUUUAGACGCAAAUAUUGUUAUAUUAUCAAAGUUUUAGAUCAAACAUGUAUGUAUAUUUUAAAUAUUUAAUAGUUUCUCUGAUUGGUCAAGAGCAGGUUCUCUUCAUUUUCGUUCUGGCUUGCAGAGGUCAGGUGAAACCCUGGAGCUAAAACCUGGAUUGUAUGCAUCAUAGCACUGAGAAAUAAACUCUUUAUUCAAAUUAAGUAGAGCACUACCGUUAAUUUAGAAUUUCAGAAGAAUUCAUUUCAAUUUCACUCUUUGAAUGGAAGCCCUCCUGAUAUGGAUGCCGAAGGUUGUCACUCUGCAUUGUCUCCCCUACCCUCUGCGUGCCAGUGAAAUUUCGUUUUGGAAGAGUACUUUGUUUCUGACAUGAAGAACUGUCAUUUGUUGAAAACAAAAUAAUUAUUUAAAAUCUUAUAAAUUAAACCUAGAAAGAUAUUUAUAUUGUAAAGAUUGAAUUAGAUCAAAACCUUCAUUUCUGACCCCAGCCAAUUAAGUGUGGGAUUUUCUCUUUUUGAUUUUUAAAAGGUUUUUUCUAGUAAAUAUAUAUAUAUUUAAAAGUUUCUAAAUUCUCCUAAAGUGAACCGGUGAUUGAAAUGAACAUUAUUUUGAUUAUACAAUUACCCCUUUGAUUAGGGCAUACUGGAGUUAUGUCCCCUUAUUGACGUCGCACUAUUAUUUAAAUAAGCGACGUUAUUGCCUUUUGUACAUAGCCCUGAAGAUGCUGUAAGGCCGAAAGAUCUUGACAAAUAUGUAAAUCUAAUUAAAAUACAGAUUUUUCCAUCCAAAACUUAGUAUUUUUGGUAUAUAUAUAUAUAUAUAUACAGUAUACAAAGAGAAGCUUAUCACCCCCAAACCUAUAGCACCAAAUUAUGUUUUUGUCCCAAUUGGAGUAAUGGGUGAUCAACAGAUUGAGCACUUAUAUAAAGUUUAAUUAGAUUUAUAUAUUUAUUAUAAAAAGAAUAAAAUUAAAAACAAGAAGAAAUAUUUCUACACUAUAUAUAUAUUUGUUUAGAUUUCUCAAUUUUAAAUCUCUCAAUUUCAUAUCUCUCAACUUUCGUCUUCCAUAUCUCUCAAUUUUAGAAUUCUUUAUUUUAGAUUUCUCAAUUUUAGAAUUCUUUAUUUUAGAUUUCUCAAUUUUAGAUUUCUUUAUUUUAGAUUUUUUAAAAUUUAAUUCUUCAUAAUUGUAAAUAUUCAUAUUUAAUAAUUCAAAUAUGUGAUAUACAUUAAAACUAUUUAUUAUCUUUAUACGAGAGGAAUUUUCAAUCCUUGCAAACACAAUUUUGUGUACUUAAGUUAGAAUAUGCUAUAUGUGACCCACACUGGCAAAUUGAGUUUUUAUUUAUAGACACGUUAUUGUGAAAAUCUCAAUUUCGAUCAACAUUGAUUUGUCUGUAGCUCAUUAUAAGACUUUGCACAUUCCGACUCAUUUUGUCGGCACAGGUCACAUAUGGUACCGGUAAUUACGUAAUUUGUACUUUAUCUGUUACUUAAGUUUAAAUAUCCACCUAUUUGUCAUUACUUAAGUUUAAAUAUCCAUCUAUUUGUAUUAUAACUGUUAUACUUAAGUUUAAAUAUCCGUCUAUUUGUAUUGUAACUGUUAUACUUAAGUUUAAAUAUCUGCCUAUUUGUAUUGUAACUGUUAUUCUUAAGUUUAAAUAUCCAUCAGUUUGUACUUUAACUGUUAUACUUAAGUUUAAAUAUCUGCCUAUUUGUAUUGUAACUGUUAUACUUAAGUUUAAAUAUCCAUCAGUUUGUACUUCGCACAACUACAAUUUAAUGAUAUUCUUCCAUUGAACUAUUGUAUGCAAAUUUGUCCUUUAAGCAAAUCUGUUCUCUAUGCAUAAUAAAUUCUUACUUGUU